UCCGCGCGUGCGGUGCGGGGUCUCGUCGUGUCCACCGCCUCGGGAUCUACGGGGGUGUGCGGAGCAGGGCGGGCCGAGCAGUGGGCGCUAGCGGUGCGGGCAGCCCCUCCCCUUUGUUGGCUCAGAAAAUCGAAGUUCUACCGCGGAGUAUAGCGUGGUUGAUGGAGGCCUGAGCCUGCCGACUUCUUCUCAACCAGGGCAUAUUGGGUUACCGCAGCACAGUGUGGCCCAGCUGGCUCCUCAGACCACCCUAUCAUGAUCCAAGCAACGGGGAGGAGGGUCGCUGGUGGCCUCCUUGCGAUUGCGUUGGUGAUAGCCACGGUGUACAUCAUCUACAUCGGUGUUAUUGAUGGGCAGCUGGCGCAGCAGCGGCAAAGAGAAGAGCUUCUUCCGGUGGUGAAUUGGCAAGAGGCAUGGGAGCAGCACCAGGACGAGGAGGAGAGGCAGCAGCAGGAUCGCUGGCCUGGCGCUCCAUUGGUGGCUAACGCCAGAGAGCUUGCGUCCUUCUCCUCGCCGGCAAUCUCCACCACUCUGUUCCUUCACGUUUUCAAGUGUGCGGGAACAAGUCUCCGUGAGGUGUUCAUGGCCUUCGCGAAAACUAACGGCUGGACCGGGGCCGUGAUCGCUGGAUGCAGCAAGACGCAGAAGGAAUUUCAGUUUCAUGACCCACCGGGGUCCGUGAUUUGUGUCAGACACGAGGAUCAUCGGCCCAAGGACGAGAACAUCGGGAGAUGGCUUGUUUCGGGCACCAAGGUCCUGGCGGGGCAUUUUUUCUGGGAUUUCCGACUUAUGGCGGCCCCGCCGUAUCUAAUGGUCACGACUCUGAGGAACCCGCUCGAGCUUUUCGUGUCCGCGUUACAGUUCAAGCACCGGGAUGAGACGCGGACAUUGGCGGGGGCUACGCGCUUUGUGACCUCGCAGAUGCGAACAAUAUUGGGGCUGGAGGGUCUUGGGCAGCUUGGUUUUAUCCGCGUGUUCUUGAACGACACCGGCGCCGUUGGCUACAAUCCAAGAGGCGUGUACACACACAACGAGACGUGGGCGAUGGCUACGGAGUCGGUGGAGCAUCUCAACACCUUCUUGGUGGUGGGAGUCGUCGAGCAGUACGAAGGUUUCAUAGAGGUCUUGAAGCACACCUUGGACCCAGGGCUGGAGAACCCGUCCGUGUGGACCACAGGGGCCAACGUGCAGAACAAUAAGUCACCAGUUCCUUCCCGGGACGUGCUGCGGAACAUGGAUCCCUACCUCGUCAGACUGUACAACGAAACGCGCCUGGACUUACAGUGGAAGGUGUAUGAGGUGGCGCUGCAGCUCUGGGACUCGCGAUGCCGCGAGGUUCUGCCCCCAUCCGACCACGAGAGGUAUUGCGAUGUCCCGCGCCACGCUGAUAUACUAGACUGAGAAACGGUUACAGCAAAUGUAUGCGAUUGGCUUUCGACGACGGAGAAUAACGUACGUACGUAUUUAGCGUUCAUCACCGCACCCCCCCCACCGGUUCCUCGUGAUACACACUUCGUACGAAGCAACUCGGUAAAGUCGCCAUGACAAUGUUUCCCGUUGGUGCUGGGGAUUGCUCGGGUGGCAUCUGUUUCUUGUUGUGACCUCGACUCCCGAGACAAAGCCACUGGUGAAUUGAUGUCUCUGAUUGGUUGAUUUUUCCAACAUUGCUGUGAAGCGAUACCUCCUUCGGAUGCUUGGUUAGUUUACUCUUGUUGAUGCUGGACACAUCUACGGAGGGUGGUUUGGUCGGAUUGGAAGAGAGCAAAGCUCGGAUCAAUCAGCAGUGGCUUUGUCGUUAGGUGGAUAACCUCCCAAACUUGCGACGUUUUGGGACGUGGGUUCGAAUCUUGGUGCAGUCACAUGACCUGGGAGUUUUUUUUCACAAGAUGCCCAGACAACGGGGGCAGACAGCGAUAGUUUCGUGCGUAUGCAAGAACUUGAGGUCGACGAAGGCGAAAAAUGGCUUAGGCCUUGUCGCGAUACAAAUCAAGGCAGACAAGGCAGAAGAAAGGAGGAGAACAACCCGCGUGUGGCCUUCCUCCUGUGUUGCCCGACUGGUGCCUAUUUUACCGAAAGGUAGUGUAAGGACCGGCGUCCAGAAUAAAUGUGACGCCGACAAGCAAUGAAAAUGCAAUUGUUGCGUUUAUUUUGUCUGCAGGUGAUUGUUUCGUUCCAACCACAUUGAUAACUUUCUGUUUUGGGGAGGCUUGGGGUCUCCUCGAGCAUGUCGGCGAGGGAAAUCGAUGCGCAUUCAUUGGAGUACGGAACAUGAUUAUUUUUCUGCUUUUGGCUCUCGUUGUUGGGAUUUUAAGUCGUUGCUGAUUCGUCUCUCGUGGUACGGUAGCGUUAGUCUGUUCUGUGGUUGUCGCUCGUUGUGGUCUGUUUGGGCGGGGGGAAUCGCCACGCCUAGAGCUGAGGCAUUGUGGAAAAGCAUGUUCUGGUGUUUGUUUUGUUGUUGAUGAUUUGAGCGUGGUUUCUUCAUUUAUUCCCGUGGCGGACAUGAGCACCCUGGCUUCGUUAUACUUCAUUGCUUUCUUGGCGGCCUGGCUGUUGGGGUAAGAAAAACAGCAAGACUAAAACCAUGUCUAGAGCCCAAACGUCACGAACAACAAUAGCAGCAAUGGUGAUUGGCUUGAUGGAUAGUUGAUGUUUCAGUAGAAUGAACUGACGGAGACCCCGUCUGUUGAUGGAAGAUUUUUCGAUUACAUCAUGUAGCACAGGAGUUGUCUUGUCCAGUUUCUUGGUACACGUACCGUUUGAUCCUUCCUUUUCCUUGUGCCAUCCCUUUUUAGUAUUGGAUAUCUGUCCCCUUGUACUACUUGUAGGCUUUUCCUAUUUUGUAAUCUAGUUUGUGUUCGCCCCUACCCCUGCCUUGGACUAUUGUGUACGCCCUCAAGAUGUCGCUUGGACUGCGUUUUCAUGUCUCACUGGAUCCUCCUUUUAAUCUCUGCCAAAGGCGGCAAGCGUUGGAAAUUGGUGUUUUUUGGAGUUCUCAGAAGUGGCCCUUUAUUUUUCACAAGGUCUCCGGGCUCGGGUGCCACAGGCGCCCGCGCCCUCAGAGUUCGGCUGAAAGGAAGGGUGUGGUGCGUGAAGACUCUGUACACGGCGCACCGAGGGCACGAAGGUGGAAAAGAGGUUCCGAAUCAAUGUUGCGACGUGACGGAAAGUUCGAACGACAUACUUCCAUUCACCCAAGAAAGUGGUGUACCCGACGGGGUGCAGGAAGGG